AUGGACAUCUUCCGCACGCUAGCAGGCGGAGGCGCCAGCUUCGACAAGAGGCGCUUCCAGAACGAUCUCAAGAUCUUUGGUGGCGCUGACGACGAGGCUUCCACCUCGACGGCGAAUGCCAAGAGCAAGGGCAAGAGAAAGCGCAGUGACGUCCAGACUACGGCGGAUGGAGAGCAGAAGCACAGCGCUACCAAUGGAGCCAAGGUCAUUGUGCCGGAUGGACUCGACUUCUUUGGUUCCGCAGCCAAGGCCAAGUCUACCACCUCGGCUGUCGAGAGAGAGGAGAGGCUGAGUAAGAAGGACGGCAAGCGUAAAGCCGAGGACGAGUCAUCCGACUCAGAAGCUGAAGCGGAUGAACAAGCAGCAGACGAGCCACCGGUAACCAAAGCAACCCUCAGCACCUUCCUCAAGGCGAACAAGAUCAAGCUCAAAGGCACCGACGUGCCGCUCCCCAUGGCAUCGUGGUCGGAACUCGAGACGCGCUUCAACGUGCAACCCUGGCUGCGCACCAACCUAGACAAGUGGGGUUGGUCCGUUCCGACGGCGAUCCAGAGGGGUGCCAUGCCGGUCCUCCUCGCCAAUCGCGACCUUCUCGCCGGCGCACCCACUGGCUCAGGCAAGACGCUCGCCUUCCUCCUCCCCCUUCUGCACCACCUCCGCGCCCCAUCGAAAAAAGAAACCUUCCGCGCCGUGAUCGUCUCCCCCACCCGCGAGCUCGCUCAACAGAUCCACGACCAGCUCCGUCGUCUCUCCGACGGGCGCAACUUUCGGAUCUGCGUCCUCACCAAUACGGCCGAUUUCUCGUCUCUCUCUCAAGAGCCGAGCAAGCGCAAGAAGUUCGACAUCCUCAUCUCCACCCCUCUGCGACUUGUGCACGCGGUGGAGAAGGAAGAGGUCGAAUUGGGCAAUGUAAGACAUUUGGUGCUGGACGAAGCGGAUCGGUUGUUGGAAGAGGGGUUUUUGGAGCAGACGGAUUCGAUUUUGGCUGCUUGCACGCAUCCGGAUCUUCGCAAGGCGUUGUUCAGCGCGACACUGCCUGCGGGCGUCGAGGAGAUGGCAAGGACGUUCAUGGUCGACGAAUGUCGCGUCAUCGUCGGCACCAAGGACAGCGCCACAGAGACGAUCCAGCAAGAGUUGCUAUUCGUCGGUUCGGAAGACGGAAAGUUGCACGCAUUGAGGUCGUUGAUCACGGAAGGAGGGUUGAAACCCCCCGUGCUGCUCUUCGUCCAGUCCAUCGAACGAGCUAAGGAUCUGUUUCAUGAGCUCGUCUACGAUGGGCUGCACGUGGAUGUGAUACAUUCCGAACGACCUAAGGUGCAACGCGAAGGCGUGAUCAGCGCGUUCAAGAGGGGCGAUGUGUGGGUGCUCAUCUGCACCGAACUCAUGGCGAGAGGGAUUGACUUCAAGGGCGUUCAGCUGGUGAUCAACUACGAUUUCCCACAGAGCGUUCAGAGCUAUAUUCAUCGGAUCGGGCGAACGGGUCGAGCGGGAAGGCAGGGACGUGCGAUCACGUACUUUACCAAGGAGGACGCAGGGCAUCUGAAGACGGUGGUGAACGUGAUGAGGCAGAGCGGAUGCGAGGUGCCCGAGUGGAUGGUCAAGUUGAAGGGGCCGGGGAAGAAGGAGAGGAAGAAGCUGAAGCAGCGGGCGCCGGAGAGGAAGGAGAUCCGGACGAGUGCGGCUAGCAGUGUCGGUAGGAGAGAGGCGAAUAAGAGGAGGGAUAUGAUUGCGGGGAGCAAGAGGAGAAAGGUUUCCGAGGGGAAGAAGGAAGGUGGCGGGGAGAAGUAG